AUGGCCAGGGGCCCGGACCCGUUUGAGCAUGUCUUGCAGCUUGCAUCUUUGACUGUGGAUGCAGAUAUGGCGCGCAUCGUCAAGAGCUCUCCAGCGGCCAAAGACACGAAGACCACAUCUGGCAAGCAGAUCUACGAGUCGAUCGUGUCGAGGUCUGGGGACGUGACGAUGACCACUGUUCCGCUCAAGGGUGCCCCAACAAAGCCGUCUGCAGCGGCGAAAACGAGCAAGGUGUCUGAGCCGAAGCGUGUCUCCGGGAGCCAGUGCCCUCUAAGGUGGCUUGGCGCAUGUGAGGGCAAAGGCGCUUGCCGCAUCUCAUGCGGCUUGGGGAGAGUUCGAAGCUUGCAACCUGUGCGUGACUUGAACGCAGAUGUUGAGGAGUGGGGGCAUUUGGUGACCCUUGCCGGUGGAAGACACCUGGCAUGUGGCGCGCUUGGUACGGGGGUCGUGAUCCACUCUGUUUGGUUGGUUUCCAGCCAGACAUUUCGAGGUGCAGAGAAUCUUCGCAGGUUCCGAUCGGAGAAGCCCUGCAAGAGCCCUUACAGUAGGAGGACCCACGCCUUCGUCUCGGUCUUCUCCGUAGACCGCUCCUUGGUGGCAUAUUUCAUGGGGGACGCCGCCCCCAUCGGCCCCGUGACGGUUGAGAUCCGGGCAGCGUUCAUGACCGCCUCCAAGUUUACCUGGAAGCAGGACGACGACAAUGGUACCCUUCUUCCCUUUCUGAAGGGUAAGGUGCCACGGCACACAGUGGACCUGGAGCCCGUUUGCGGCUUCUUUCCAGUGCGACUCUUCACGCCCAGGUUGGAUCAGCCGGUCGUCGAGGCGAAGGCGAAGGGGCCGGCUCCUGCGGAGGAGGACGACGAACCACCACUUGAGGACGCGAACGACGGCAUCGAUGCCAAGUGGUCGCUGGAAGAGAAGCCUCUCGGGCUGAAGGGCGAGCGAGUGGUGCUCCUCGACUCCAAACACUGUGCCCGGUGCCCGCAGCCUGACGCCUUCGAUUCCUGCAUAGCCAAGAGUGCCGGGCUGCAGCUCAUGAUGGAUGCCAUCAUGCAGGCAGCCAAGCCCCUCGGGCCGAGGAUGGAGUACGAGAACUGGCUGCGCUUUCGAGACAUUCCCCUGCCUCCCGGCCUGCUGGAGAUUGAGGCCAUCCACAGCAACCUCUUCGCCCAGACGGCGCCUGAGCAGCUUAGUGACUUCUUGACCAAGCUGGGGUGGACGGGCGUCUGCGUGGGUCCCUUCAAGCCGCCCAAGGGCAACGAGGAUUGCCUGCAGUACGUCAACAUCGAUCCCGCCGACGCAGAGGACCAGAAGCGCAUGGACGACCUCCUGAACGACACAGGUGGCCUCAUUCCGAAGCCUGACAUGGAGAUGAUCGACCCUCAUGACGAAGACUACGAGGAGAAGCUGCAAGCGAGGCAGGAAGAAAAGAAGAAUCGCAAGCCAGAGGUCCAGGUGCCAGGCGAGCGCUUGGAGAACGCGCCCCUGCCGCCCCUGCCGCCGAUGACCUCCUCAGGCUACGGCGUCGUCGGCCUGACCCGCAACGAGCGGGUUCGCCGGCGCCUACGCGCUCUGCGGAACUGCCUGAACGUGGCACUGGGGAGGCUGACGAAGGAUGGUUCCUUGGUGCUCCUGUGGCCCGGGCUGCCAGUUCACCCGGUACUCUUCUUUAUUGCAGGGGUCUGGGAUAUUGUGCUGCAAGGCGGGCUGGAGCUCCGGAGCUUCUUCGACAGCACCUGGAGGCCCCUGGACCCUGAAAGCACCCCAGACCCCUUCAAGCAUCUCCAACUCGGACCCCGGCUUGAUGCCCUGGACGACGUACUGCUCUGGACGCUGCCACCGGACCAGGAAGAGGAGGAGACGUCGGUGGCCAUCACAGGCAAGGGCAUCGUGGCUGCGUAUACUCUUCUGUGGAAGACCUGGGCCACGAUGAAGCUCAGCUCCUUAGCCCUCGACCUUGGGAUGCUCCUGGGGCAGGUGGGCGGGGCCCCGGCCAAGGCCCCCGUCCGAGCUUUGCUCGGUGCUCUUGAGCCGCCAAUGCCUGCAGCAGAGCCUCCGCCAGAGUCGCCCGAGCCUUCCAAGGCCGAUGCCUCCGAUCCCACACCGGCUGCGGAACCCGCGGCUGUGGCGCCCGCGGAGUCCGCCGCCGAGGCAACGGCCCCAGCGACCUCCGAGCCAGGUGUGCCUGCCGCGGCGGACACCCAAAAAGAUGCCGAGGCUGAGAAGACGACGGAGGAGCCGGCCGGCAACUCGACCAGCGCCGAGGACCAAAAGGAGAAGCCCACGGUCUCCAAGCCGGGCCACGUGCGGCGCCGCGCGCCACCCGGCACCAGGGUCAGCCCCCUGAAGGACACCCAUCGAAGCGCCAGCUCGGAGCCGCGCCCGCCCCGCAAGCGGUUCUCCCUGAAUCGGGGGGUGCCCAGCAUGUCCUGUACAUUCGGCGCGGCGCCAGGCACCAAGCACAAGGAGACCAGCUACGAGGAGCUGGCGAAGGAGUACCGUCUCGUGCACAAGGCGUUGGAGGUGGCAAAGCGUGGCAGGCAGAAGCACUGGGACCUGGACGAGGACGCAGCUGGAAGGGCUGUGACGGGAGACGCCAUGGCGAAAACAAACUCGGUCACAAUGACCGAGCCGGUCACAAAAACCGAUUCGCUAGAGAAGAAGAUGGACAAAGCAGCGGAGGCGGCUGAGGGCCUUGAGGACGCAAGUGCCACGAAUGCCGGCGAAGUGCCCGCGGGCGCGGAGGUCAGCGCAGGCGUAGAAUAG